AUGAGUGUUUAUUUGCCCGGUGACCAUAUCGAUUCGCCGUCCUCGAGCGACGCGAAAAUCAUUGUUGGGUUAGUUUUUCUUAAUACUUCUCUAGUUUUUAUUAUUUUUUUAUUAUUUUCUUUUUAAUUCUUAUAUUUACAGUUAUGGCAUUGAUCUGCAGAAUGACCAGUUGGUAACCGUUCAACCUGGAUUAUUACGAACGAGUGAGAACAAAGUCUGGAUCAGCGUCCAUAGUAAAAGGUUUUUCGAGAUUUUUAGUUCGAAAUUGCGGAUUCUUUUGAAGGUACAUCCCAACUGAAGGCGAUCAUGUAAUCGGCGUAAUAGUCGGGAAAGCUGGAGAUUUCUUCCGAGUUGAAAUUGGCGCCGCCGAAUAUUCUGUGGUUGGUUUUAUUUUUUCAGGUAAAAAAAAGGAAAAUUUUAAAAAAUUUUAUUUUUUUCUUGAGAUCUACUGACUAAGUAUUGACCAUUAUAGGUUUGUUUCACAAAGUUCGAAGGAGCCACCAAAAGGAACCGUCCGAAUCUGAAAACCGGCGACAUAAUCUAUGCGUUAGUCGUAGAAUCUUCGCCCCAGAUGGAAUCCGAAUUGAGUUGUGUCGACGACGAGGCGAAGGCCCGGGGAAUGGGACAACUCCACGGCGGAUUUCUUUUCAAGGUUUCUUUUUUAACCGUUCUCAAUAUUGAAAAGAUCCAGAUUAUAGUGGAAUCAUAGAAUAUACCAUAAAAUUAGAGAAAAAAAAAAUUGUUUUUCAUAAAGUUUCACACAAGUUUCGAGGCUGACUAGCUUUGAAAUUAUAAAAGAUUAUGUCGUUUUUAAUCCAUUCCAUAGAAUCCAAAAUAGCCGUCCGAGCGUGAAAAAGAUUUUUGUAGUGUCUGACAAAAUUUUGAAUUUCUCGCGAAUGACUUUGAACACGCCAUUAACUUUUUUUACGUUUAGGUUUUUUAAAAGCUCUGGCUGAUAUUUAUAGGUCUUGUAAAAAACUGAAAACGGGCUUUUUUCCACGGUAGAUUAAAAGCUUGCUAAUGAAGAAACUUGGGAGAUUUUUCCGACCUUGAAGGCUCAGAAAUUUUUUGGUAUUUUCAGUUCAAUCUCAAGAUUUAAAAUGUGUUUUUUUCCGUUAUUAUCAUUAGAUAUUCAUCCUAACAGUUAUGUUAUAUCAAGAUGAAAUCCCCGAUUUUCUAGAAAACAUUCGGAAAUCAACAAAUCUUCUAAUAAAGAUGAUUAUAUUGAAUAGAAGACUGAAAAAAAUUUUACCAUUUAAAAACUUUUUUUCUUUUUGUGGGGCCAGCUUCAUUUUUUUGUUUUUGUUUUUUUGAUAGUUUCGCAAUGAAUCAGAGGAAAAAUGGAUGUUAAGACCUCCCUGAACCACGCCCGGCGGCUACUCAGCCCAACUUGCCAAAUUUUGCCGACUACUGGCCGAUUCUUCAAAUUUGAAAUCACCAUCGGAAUGAACGGCAAAAUUUGGAUCAAGGCCCAAUAUUCUAAUGAGGUUUUCCCGAUCCUUCACGAUAAAAAUGAUGAUUUUUCUUCAGAUUAUCGCGAUUUACAACAUUAUCAAGGCUUCUGAAAACGUUGGCGAAGGCGAGAUUGUCGAUUUGGUUGCCGAUUUGCACGCCAGAUUCCGAGGGAUCCAUUCCGAUUCUUAA